AUUAUGGUUUUCGCGUACUAACAUUCGCGACUAAAUUAAAAUUGUACCUCGGAUCAAUAAAGAUUUCGCAAAAAAAUAUUAAUUCGAAUGGUUUAGUUUUGAAUACAAAAUAUUGGAUUUAAAUAAUGUGCAGUGUUUUCUCUGAAAUAAUUCAGUAAGAUAAAAGGAGUGGUUCUAAUAAAUAUUAUUCAAAAUGAGCCAAACGCGCAUUGAAAAUAUGUGCCCUGCAACGCAUCUUCGUGUAAUUUUGCCGUCUGCUAUGGAAGCCAAUAAUAUGCCACCAACUUACAUUGAUAUCAGUGGUCACAACAUGGACAUUCCUCCUCCUCAGCCAGACUUCUCAGCUCCACCACCAUACGAUGUUGCAGCAAAUUCUAAGCUCCCAACAUAUGAAGAAGUACAGCGUGAAAAGCAAAUGGAAGGGGAGGGACCACAACUACCAACUCACCCCACAAUAGCUGCGUUUGUGACUAUGGAACCCAGGGAACCAACUGCAGAACAACUCGACCCAGAGAACAAUUUGCUCGGUACUGAUAUCAUGUUUCUGACUUCCUUCUUUGUGGCAUUUCUAUUCAACUGGAUCGGGUUCCUCUUGCUGAUGUGUUUCUGUCACACGGUGGCAAGUCGCUACGGAGCGUUGGCUGGCUUCGGUCUCUCACUCGCCAAGUGGACACUCAUUGUUAAGCACUCCACUGAACUCGCAUCUCACGAAAAUUCCUGGCUUUGGUGGCUCAUUAUGGCUUUUGGUAUCCUAAUCUGUGUUCGUGCCAUCAUUCAGUACCUAAACAUAAAGCGUGGAUGGCGUCUGCUGUCUGGCACGGCUCAAGAGCGACUGCUCUUUUUCUAUUAAAUUAAAUAUAUCUAUCUCGCUCGCACUCACUUCUAUUUUGUAUAAGGGUGAAUGUGUGAAAAAGAUAACCGAUAAUUAAAAGUUUUCGGGCGAAUAUGUAGCUUAUAAAUGAUUUCCAUAAAGUUUAUUAAAAUUAAAAUUUAAUUAGUGUAUGUAAUAUAUUGUUAUUUAUUUAAUUCUAUAGUAUUGGUGUUAUUUUUAUUGAAAUUACAUUAAAAUACUAAGAUUGUCUAAAUUUAUGAAUUGUAUUUUGAGUUAAUUGAAAGGAAUCUUGUCAAAACGUCCAAAUAUACAAAUUUUGUCGGCAAGAACCAUUUUCUGAGCUGGAGGUAAUUAAAAACUAAAUUUAAAAGUUCAUUCUGUAAUAUUUAAGGCUUACUUUGACUUAAUUCAAAAUAAAGCUUUUUGUUUUGUGUAUCUAUACAUAAAUUAAGAAAAUAUCUAGACGGUUCCACAUCACCUAAAACUUAUAUAUUUCGUAUUGUGUGACCACUACUUAUAUAAUAUAAUGUCAACGCAGCCCAUCUUAUAAGUCGAACGGAAUUCAGUAUAAUUUUUACAUUAAAAUAUUUGGAUUCAAUAAAACAUCCAUUUGUUCUUUAAUAACUUAUUAAAAUAAAAAAAUCAAUUCAACCUUAGGCAAGGAAGAAAAAAUUUACAAGUGACAUUUCAACAUGGCGGCUAUAGUUAUGUCAUUUCACAAGUGAGGCUGUACUAGUUACAAAUUUUGACAUUUAAAUAUGAUUUAGUAUUUCUUAUACACACGCUUCGUAUCGUAAAGCGAAAUAUUUAUUUUGAUACCAUAUGUGUGUGAAAAAUGUCUUAUAAAUGAUUUCUAUGUAAAUAUAUUAUUUGUAUAUACUUAAUUGUACUCUAGUUAAAUAUUGGUUAGUUUAUAUCUUGUUUAUAUUAAUGUAUAGUUUUGGAUAUGGUCUUAUUAAAUGUAUUGCUUCAAUUAAUAUAAUGCUUUCACGUGAAUCAAGAUAUAUAUUUAUAUAUUUGAGUGUCGUAUAAGAUUUCGUUUAUGGUUGGGUUUUUGGAAUUUUUAAUAUUCACGCGUGCAUACAUAACCUAACGUUAACGAGCGAACGUUUAAUUGCGAGAAUAAUAAUAUAAUAAUGUUAUGGUAGGCUGGAUACUGAUGUUUAAAAGUGACUUCCACAUGUCGUAUUGUUGGAUUUGGGACUUACAGACAUAAUAAUAAAUACUUUAAAGGCCCUAUUUUGAUAUGAUCUACAAUUUUUUCUUGCUCAUAAGAAUUCUGUUCUGAGGUUUUUCAAACAUAUAUUUCAAACGAAAAAACUCAACUAUAAACUAUUAAUACGUAAUGGCAAAAUAAAAAGGCAUGGAAAUUCAUAAACAAAGUAAGAAUACCUCAACUGCUAAAGGUGUUAUCAAUCAUACUCCCUAGAUUUUUUAUACGACAUGCAAGCCGACACUGAUUCUAGCGAAGCAAAAAUAUAAUCUAUUACUAUAAAUUUUAAGACACUAUGCACCAAAUAUUUGUCUAGUUACAUCCAAAUAUUUUGAAUUUAAGUGCAAUAAAAUAUAUAGCUUAUAAUAAUUCUAUUUUGUAAUCAAGUCAAUAAAUUAUAUAUUUCGAAAAGGAAACAUUGAAAGUGUCAAUUGUACAAUUUUAGCGCGUAAAUGAAUGAUGGUUUAAACAUGGCGCAUUUCAUUUGACUGUUAUUUGUCAACAGAAAGUCUGGCAUGUUACAAUGCCCAAUUAAUAUAUGACAUAUUUUGACAGCUCCUGAUCGUAACGGUUAAUCUAUUAUUUAUUUUUAAAUAUUGUUUUUAUUGAAGUUCCAGUUGCAGAUUUUUUUUUGCAGUUACAAUAGAAAGUAAUAAUUGGUUAAACUGUACUAAACAUGAAAACUGAUGUUCUAAAGAGUGACCUUAACGCCGUUACAAUGUUGUGUCAGUGUGAAAUGUGAUCUAUUAAAUUGUAUCUCGCGCCUUAUACCUUUGCGCCUUUACUAACAGUUUCAAAGUCGAGAUUUAGUGCGAAUUAUGAAUACCAAUUUGUUUAGAUUAAUACCGCAGCUGAGUUUCAGCAUCAGAUCACCUCUUAGUCGAUUAAAACAUUGCCGCGCACCACCACUAUGUAGAAGAAGCCGUGCUCUAGUGUUUCCAAACCAAAUCGACUUAGAGUACUUCAGAAUAGAGCGUACCAAUUCUUAAAAUGUAAAUGGGCGGUAUCACUUAAGGUAGCCCACCCACUAACCCCUGUUGUAUAGAAAUCAAAUACAUUUUUGCCAUAUAUAUAAAGUCACACUUCUUCUGACUCGGCUCAGAAAUUCAUCCUUAGUGAGACUCCAGUGCUUUUUUUCUCUGAUUACGAAGAACUAUAGACCAAAAAAAAAAGAUUUUCUAUCUUUUGAUUCUAAGUACUUUAGCUUAAAGUUGGAGUAAAAAUGUUGUUAGGUAAGUGUAGGAUUAGCACAAAUCUGUGUAUGUCAAGUUAUUUCGUUGUUUUAAAUUAGUAUAAAUAUUGCAUUGCCUGAGAUAUAUGUUAGUAAUUUUAAAAAUUACGUCAUUCUUAAUUUGUGUCUUACAUAGAUACAGUUUGAAUUAAAGCUUUUGAUUAAAACCUGACGAUUUAUGUAGUAUUUUUUUGGUUUUAUCGGCCUGUUUGUUUAUAAAAAAUGGUUUCUAUAAUAAUCGUAUUGUAAUAGAUUUUGCGCAAUGUAACGAAUUAUACUCGUACACCACACUAAUAUGUUCACUGUGGAUUUGCAAAUUGAAUAUAUUUUGCUGUCUGUAUUUAUUUUAUAUAAAUGCAGGUUGUACUUGCCAGGAAAUAAAGUUUAAUUAUA